AGUAAUGCGAAGAUAAGUUGAUUUAAUUUUCCCAAUUGUGAUCAAAGAAAAUAAAAAAUGUCAUCACUUGGAGCAGGGAAGGGGCUUCUGGAGGUAGGCAAAUUCGCUGUCUAUGUCAGUGUCCCUAUUGUUCUCAUGUACGCUUUCGCCAACAAUUCCAAGAAUCUCCACAAAUUUAUGGGCGGACGUUCUUAUGUGGUCUAUCCACCUGAGGCUCCUAGGCCUCCGUCACCAGAGGAAAUGCGAGAGAUGGCUCGUGAUCUAGCUCGUAAAAGGAACAGCCAUUCAUCUUCUGACGCAGCAAUGUGAAUGGGUUUUACUUUGUGCAUGCAAGGACCACUCUAAUGGAACAUGAUAGAGGAGCUUCAAACAGCCUUAUCUAGUCUCGCUUGAAGCUCCUCCACCAUCAGUUCUAUAGAAACUUUUUAAUUUGUACUCUCAGUCACGUAUGUUGUCAAUUUGACAGUUUUACUGUAUACAGUUUACAUCUCAGCUAUAUAAUAAAUCAAAUUAAAUAAUUAAUGUAUACAUCAUGUUCUUAUUUUUCAGUUUGAGUUUGAUGUGUGCUUGUUGUAAAGGAUAUAUUGAUUUUAAUGAUCUCAUCUUUGGACAAUCUGCUUUGAAUAGUUUCA